CGGCGAGCAGCAGGAUGGCGCGGGCUGGAGCGCGGCGGACCGCGGCUGUGGGCCUGGCGCUGCGACUGCUGCUGGGUCUCGGGCUAGGGUUGGAGGCUGCCGCGACCCCGACGGGGACCCCGGUCCCGAUCCCGGCCAGUGCCUCCUCACUGGCCCCAGACCCCAGUGCAGUCUCGUGCCCGCCCAACAACUUCCAGUGCCGCACCAGCGGUGUCUGCCUGCCCAUCGCCUGGCGCUGUGACAGUGAUCGCGACUGCUUGGAUGGCAGCGAUGAGGACGAGUGCAGAAUCGAGCCCCCAGGCAUCGAGCCAUGUGCCCAAGAUGGGCAGUGCCCGCCACCCACUGGCUGCCCGGGUGGUCAGGGUAAGAACUCUCUCAACUGCAGUCCCCGGCCCUGCCCGGCGGGCGAGGUGCGCUGCGCGCAGGGCGGUGACUGCAUCCCACGCACGUGGCGCUGCGACGGCCACCGGGACUGCCCUGACUCCAGCGACGAGCGAGGCUGCGGGACCACCGAGAUCCUCCAAGGAGGGCACGCUUCUACCACGGUGUCCCCGGUGAUCCUGGAAGGUGUCACCUACUUUAGCAACCCUGAGGAUGAGGGCCAGGCUGAGGACCAGGACAAUGGCCAGUCUGAAAACCAGAGUGCCCUGGGGGUCAUCGCAGCGGCUGCCGUGCUGAGUGCAGUCCUGGUCGCUGCAGCCCUCCUGGCCUUGUGCCAGCUCAUCGGGCCCGGGCGGCACCUGAAGGAGACCCUGGUGAUGUCAGAGAGCAAGGCGUUCCUGCUCUGAGGCCCACCCUGGCGACCUGCUUUCACCCGCCCCGCCCCACCCUGGCCUGCAUCUCCCUGUGAGCCCUCCUCUUCCAUCAAGCCCCCUCUGCACUGACCUGCUGCUACUCCCCCAGGAGGAGGCACCGAGCCGAGAUGGAGGACCCACUGGCAGAGGCUGGGGGGCAGCCUAGGGGACUGGCCUCUUCUGAGGAGCCAGCACCCUAUUCUUAGCUGCCCGAUGGCCAGGCCCUGGAGUUUGGGGUGGUCCCCAGAGGCUUCCCUGGGUGGGAAGGGCCAACUGGGGACCACACUCGCUCAGGAUGGGUUGGCUUCCAGCCACUCCCAGAUCCCUUAGUGGGGCGGGACAGCCCCACAGCGACACUCCUGCUGCCUUGUCUGAGAAGGGUGAUUAAAGGUGGCUCCCUCUC